GACAAGGAACCCCCGUCAUCCCGCCCGGCCUUCAAAGAGGUUCCAGGCCCUUGUGACCCGGAGGAUCUGCUGGACGGUGUGAUUUUUGGGGCAAAGUACCUGGGCUCCACGCAGCUGGUCUCAGAGAGGAACCCCCCGACCAGCACCCGCAUGGCCCAGGCCCAGGAGGCGGUGGACAGGAUCAAGGCACCCGAGGGAGAGUCCCAGCCCAUGACGGAGGUGGAUCUGUUUGUCUCCACGCAGAGGAUCAAGGUGCUCACAGCUGACACGCAGGAGGCCAUGAUGGAUCACUCCCUCCAGACCAUCUCCUACAUCGCCGACAUCGGCUCCCCCCCCGUCCGGAAACUGCCCCGACGGUCCGAGGUGGCGGAGGAGAAGCGGCUCUACAAGAUGAUCUGCCAUGUCUUCCACUCGGCUGACGCCCAAAUCAUUGCUCAGGCCAUCGGGCAGGCGUUCGGCGUAGCCUACCAGCGCUUCCUGGAGGCCAACAGCAUCGACCCGAGCGAGCUGAGCCCUCGCCAGUAUAGCCGUGCCCUUGAGGACCAGGAGCAAUACAACGCGGAGCUGACCCACUUCUCCCGGCAGGAGAACUGCAAGGACGUCUGCAUCCGGAAGCAGAAGGGGGAGAUCCUGGGCAUCGCCAUCGUAGAGUCAGGCUGGGGCUCCAUCCUGCCCACGGUGGUCAUCGCCAACCUGAUGCACGGGGGUCCAGCGGAGAGGUCGGGCGAGCUGAGCAUUGGGGACCGCCUCAUGUCUGUCAAUGGGACGAGCCUGGUGGGGCUGCCCCUCGCCACCUGCCAGAGCAUCAUCCGGGAGCUGAAGCACCAGGCAGAAGUGACGCUGAACAUCGUACACUGUCCCCCUGUCACCACGGCUGUCAUCCGGCGCCCCGACUCCAAGUACCAGCUGGGAUUCUGUGUUGAGAACGGCGUGAUCUGCAGCCUGAUGCGUGGGGGCAUCGCAGAGAGAGGCGGCGUCCGCGUGGGGCACCGCAUCAUCGAGAUCAACGGGCAGAGCGUGGUGGCAACACCCCAUGAGAAGAUCAUCCAGAUCCUCACGCAGGCGGUCAGCGAGGUCCACAUCAAGACCAUGCCGGCCUCCACGUACCGCUUACUGACCGGGCAGGAGCAGCCCGUCUUCCUCUGA